AGGGUCUUGCUCUGUCACCCAGGCUGGAGUGCAGUGGCGUGAUCUCGGCUCACUGCAACCUCUGCCUCCCAGGUUCAAGCGAUUCUUAUGCCUCAGCCUCCCUAGUAGCUGGGACUCCUGGCUAAGUUUUGUAUUUUUAGUAGAGACUGGGUUUCACCAUGUUGCCUAAGCUGGUCUCGAACUCCUGACUUCAUGUGAUCUGCCUUCCUCGGCCUCCCAAAGUGUGGGGAUUACAGGCGUGAGCCACCAUGCCCGGCCUACAUUCUUAUUACAGCUUACUUUUGAAACACUUGCUUGAAGAUGCUGGUAGGGAUUGCAGCUUCUAUAACUUGUACAGAUGGUUGCAGAUGGUUGUGUGGGGAAGUGGAGCCCGAGACCAGCUGGCUGUACGUUGGCUUUUGUAUAGAUGUGCUUUCCUUUUGCUUUUCACCACCUCAUGGAAGCUGUCUUAUCUAACUCACGCUUGAGAAGUAUUCAUAUUGAUUCCAAAAUGAAGGACCCUGGCCACGAAUCAUUUGCCAUCUCCUCUACCAAAGACUCAAAAUGUAUGGCCCUGGUAGUCAGCUGGGAAAGUCUGGCAAUAACAGCUGGGCUAAGGAACGUGGAUGCUCAAUUGCCUGCCAAGGGUCUCUUACUUCAGCCCGGCUACAUGCCCCCAGCAUUGGAGAGAGGCCACUUUCACACAUGCCUUGGAAGGACACGAUGAGGCGAGUGGUACGACAGAGCAAGUUUCGGCAUGUAUUUGGGCAAGCGGUGAAAAAUGACCAGUGCUAUGAUGACAUCCGGGUUUCUCGUGUGACCUGGGAUAGUUCCUUUUGUGCUGUCAAUCCCAGAUUUGUUGCCAUAAUCAUAGAGGCAAGUGGGGGAGGAGCGUUCCUUGUCCUCCCUCUGCACAAGACUGGUCGAAUUGACAAAUCUUACCCUACAGUAUGUGGCCACACAGGACCAGUGCUGGACAUAGACUGGUGCCCACAUAACGAUCAGGUCAUUGCCAGUGGUUCAGAGGACUGCACGGUCAUGGUAUGGCAGAUCCCAGAAAAUGGACUCACCCUUUCCCUGACUGAACCUGUGGUGAUUUUGGAAGGCCACUCAAAGAGAGUCGGCAUCGUGGCUUGGCAUCCAACAGCCCGCAAUGUGCUUCUUAGCGCAGGUUGUGAUAAUGCCAUUAUCAUCUGGAAUGUGGGAACAGGGGAAGCCCUUAUAAACUUGGACGAUAUGCAUUCAGACAUGAUUUACAAUGUGAGCUGGAACCGGAAUGGCAGUCUGAUCUGCACAGCUUCCAAAGACAAGAAAGUGAGAGUCAUUGAUCCCAGGAAACAAGAGAUUGUUGCUGAGAAGGAGAAAGCACAUGAAGGAGCAAGACCCAUGAGAGCCAUCUUCCUGGCCGAUGGCAAUGUCUUCACCACUGGGUUCAGCCGCAUGAGCGAGCGGCAGCUGGCUCUCUGGAAUCCGAAAAAUAUGCAGGAACCAAUUGCACUUCAUGAGAUGGACACUAGCAAUGGGGUGUUGCUGCCUUUCUAUGACCCUGACACCAGCAUCAUUUACUUAUGUGGAAAGGGUGACAGCAGUAUUCGCUAUUUUGAGAUCACGGAUGAAUCCCCGUACGUCCACUACCUCAACACGUUCAGCAGCAAGGAGCCUCAGAGAGGGAUGGGUUACAUGCCCAAGAGGGGACUUGAUGUUAACAAAUGUGAGAUUGCCAGAUUCUUCAAACUUCAUGAGAGAAAGUGUGAACCUAUUAUUAUGACUGUUCCCAGGAAGUCUGACCUUUUCCAAGAUGACCUGUAUCCUGACACAGCGGGGCCAGAGGCCGCGCUGGAGGCAGAAGAGUGGUUCGAAGGCAAGAAUGCAGACCCAAUCCUCAUCUCCUUGAAGCACGGGUACAUUCCAGGCAAAAACAGGGAUCUCAAGGUGGUCAAGAAGAACAUUCUGGAUAGCAAGCCCACUGCAAACAAGAAGUGUGACCUGAUCAGCGUCCCCAAGAAAACCACAGACACGGCCAGUGUGCAAAAUGAAGCCAAGUUGGAUGAGAUUUUAAAAGAGAUCAAAUCUAUAAAAGACACAAUCUGCAAUCAAGAUGAGCGUAUUUCCAAGUUAGAACAGCAGAUGGCAAAGAUAGCAGCCUGAAGGUCCCACCCCCACCCCUACAGAAAAAAUGGGAGCAAGAACUUGUGCUUGGGAGCUGGUUGUUGGUGUGGUCCUAGGGAGGGCGGAAAGGGAGGCACUGCCAUUUGGAGACAUUCCAUUUCAGAUUUGUCAACCAGCGAUAGGCCACAUUCCAGUAAGAACUCAAUUUGUCUCCCAAAUUUGCAGAAACAAAACGUGAUUUAAAAGCUGAGCUUUUUAUCAGAAAGCUUUUUUGAUGUUUUAAGUGUUAUGUGACUUGUUGAACUUUUUAAAAAGUGCUACUUUUAAAAUCCCAGAUACUCUGAAUUUUAGAAAACAAACUAAUUCUGAUUGUGUCGUGCCCAAGUACCCUUUUUUUUUAAUGAAUAGGGACCAAUGCCACAUUACUUUUUAUAUUUCUUUCUUUUUUAAUGUUGCCAAAACCAAAAGUAGCUUUGUUUUCCUUUGUAUUUUGCUACUUUGCAGUAUUUGUGUGUGGUUUUUUUUUUUCCUUAAUUUGAAAGGGACAGCACUGUGUAUGUUUAUAAACUAAAUGAAGAUAAGAUAUUAUUUUGUAUAAACAUUCAUCUGAGAACAAUCAAAGCAGUAGCCACAUGGUGCUGGCUCCUUUGCAGCACAAACCUGGUCAUUUUGAUGACUGUGCAACAGGAAGACUUGAAAAAUCACGUGGAUUCAUAUUACCACCGCUCUCAUUUCAUGGAGUCUUCUGAUCAAAAAAGCUCACGUCGUAUUUCUUCCUUUCCUUUCUCUUUUCUAGAAAUUGGGUGUUUGUACCAGAAUGGAAUUUUGCUUCUCGGUUAUCCUGUGCUUCAGAUGAUUAUAAUCUAACCCAAACUAGCAUGUGUUUCUGCAGUUUGUUACACACCUAGGAUCAUAUUGCAUUCAUCACUUUAAACAUCGUGUUUCAGGUUUUGGUCAAUACUUGACAAGGGUGCCCAGGACAGGAAGACGUGUACUGCUGAGUGUUCCUUCUUGCCCUUUUCAGCAGCUUGCCCAGCUCUUGAGUACAGUGGUGGGGACUAAAAAUGUGGGCAUGUGGAGAGGGGUAUUUGCCCUGGGUGAUCCUGUUUCCCUGUGCUGUCCCCAUGCUGUGUUGGAGGAGGAAGUGGCUCUCCUUCCACCAACAAAGCUCCUGCUCUACCCUCUUCCUCACAUGUGCUGCGACCUCUCUCAGGGCUCCCCCAGCCAUUCCUUCUUUCCUUCCUGCCUUUUAGCUCUAACCACAUUAAGCUAAGACAAGGCCAGAGGGUGCGAUUAAAUGAGUAUUGAGACUGAGGAGAAUGAUAGAGAGUGAAGCAGAAACAGGAGCGCAGACCUCUGCUGUAGCUUUAAUGCAUACAAACAUGUCCCUCCGCACAACUAACCUGCCCUGCCUCUCCAUCUCGCACCAAGGCUGCGUCAAAGCACAGAGGCUCCCCGGACUCGGAGGGGGCCAGAGACUGAGCUCUGGUCGCCUGUUCAUUCCUCGGUUAGCUGGAACUUUGCCCCAUUUCCAGUUUCUUAUAGUGCAUGCUUGGGAAACAAGAUUUAAGGAGCCUCUGUUUUGGAAGGGCUGUCUGUGAUUGAACGUGAAAUGUGUAGUGCCAUUGGGACCACGAAGGGAAUUCUUGCAUAUGCUCGUGCUGGUGUGGGCAUGGGACUGGCUGGAAACGUCUGUAUGCAGGGAGCCAGGGUGAGGGCAGAGUGUGGUGACAGCCGAACUUGGAGUAAUGUCCGUGUAGAAAAAGGACCAUGUUCUUAUCCAGCCAAUACUGGGAGUGCUGUCUCCACAAUUUCAGGGCAUCUGAAUGUUUGAUGUGGUUUUGUGUGUGUGUGUGUGUGUUUAAUAUUGAAGUGGAUCAUGAGAUGUAAAGAAAACAAUAAUGGCAAUGACUUAUAUUCAAAUCUGUAUUUGUUUCUUUAUCAAUGUAAUCUGCUGAGGACCUUUUGUCUAAGAUUCAGAAGUGUUUUAAGGUUCUGAUAUUGAAUUAAUGAAGUAAAGUUGUUGAUGGUGGUGAAACACCGUAGGGCAUGUGGUUCAAAGAGAAGCAGGAGGGCAAGGGAAAGUUACCCUGGUCUUAGUUUGUAGCUUAUGACUUAUUUAAUGAAUGGAUGCCCAGCCAAGCUCAGAGUAGGUGCCCAAAGCAUUGUGGAUUAUUUUCCUGUUUUGUCUUUUUUUUUUUUUUUUAAGCCGUGACAUCCCAGAAGAGGACAGUGAAUUACUCCUAGGUCGGCUCUUAUAGAGUGGCCAUAGUGUUCUGUCAAAACACUUGCUUCCAUUUUCAGAGAUAAAAAUCAUUGAUUACAAAA